AUGAGCUAUGUAAUUUGGCAGGCAGCUCCAGAGAAACGACUGGCUUUCCGUCACGAGCUUCAAAGUGUUGGCAACGAAGGAGCAAAAGUUCUGCGUUUGAUUGGAGAAAAAGUGGAGAAAAUGGAAAAGUUAAGCCCCCGAGAGAUUCUUAAGGACGUUCAAGGUGCAGCAGAGGAACUUCAGAUGAAAAUAGACAGUAAAUCUUACCUUCUUGUCAACUCAGAAAGCUGGGCGGCUACUAAAGAGCAAGCUGAAACAGAAGAGGCUCGAGGAAACAAUCACAACGAAACCAAGGUGAUCAAAUCACUCAGUCAGAGUUGGGAUACCAACAGUAGCAACAGUCAUAAUCAAGCCAGGGCUAGUGAAUCUCAAAUAUGGGUGUCAACAGAGAGUAUGAUGCUAAGGAAUCGCGAGAUGUGGCCAAGUGUGUCUUUCAUUGGCGGUUCUGUGGUAAAUGAGAUGGAAGGCAAAAUAUACGAAAGCGCGAUUUCUUUGUCUUUGGCUACGUUUGCUUCCCUUCUGAUCGAGUUUGUUGCAAGGCUGCAGAAUAUUGUCAAUGCCUUUGAGGAGCUUAGCACAAAAGCAGACUUCAAAGAUCAGGUUAAUCAGACUCCUCCUAACGUAGUAGAUCAAUUGUAA